GUGCUCGAUCCUCGCUUUCCCCGUCGUCGUCGUCGUCGUCUCCUUGGCUCUAUUCCCUCUGAUCCUUUCCUCCAUCUCUCUGUCAGUCUCUGGUACCCGCUUCGUCCUCUUCCUUCACACUCUCUGUACGCCCCCCAACAUGGAGUCCUUCCGCAACCUCUUCACCGAAAGGUCCGUGUUGCAUCGACGAGCCACCUCUGCCUGCGCCAGUCAGGGUCUCUACGUCGCACCACUUGCCAGUGCGACGGUCCCCUCGGCAAACAAGACGAUCCUCCAAUGGGACGAGUCUUGUCUCAGCGAAGGCACCACCAAGAUAGACAUUUACCUCUAUGCCCCCAGCUCUGCCAAGGCCAACUUGCCCAUCCACGCAUGGACUGGAAUCCCUGCUAGCAAGGGCUCCUACGAGGUCAAGCUGGAGCCCAAAUGGUGGAACGUCACCACCUCUCAGAGCUCCACUACUCAGCUCAGUCUGAACAUCGUCAAUAGCGGUAACCAGCCUUGGGACUCCGCGAAUCCCUUUGGCCCCACCUGGAGUGUCACUUACGUCGGCAGCAGCAAUCCCCCUGACGAUGCCGUGCAAGGUUCUUCUGACAGCGAUUCACUCAUUUCAGCCUUCUACGAAGGUGGCAGUCUCACUGCAGGAGGUAAGGCAGCUGCCAUCGUCUGCCCACUCAUCGUCUUCCUCGUCGCCAUGGGAGUAUGGAUCCGAAAGUUGCACAUCAACCGAAACAACAAGACGGCCGACUGGGCUGACCACGUAGACAAGCGUAUGAGCAGGAUCUCCGUAGACUGGGUCAGUGGUGGAGAUGGAUCGGCUGGACCAGUACCUGGUAGUCGACCUGCCUCGUUCUACCCUCGUCCCUCGGCCAACUUUGCACGAGGCGGUUUCGACAACCGUAGUUUGGGUGGAGAUACCAGCGCAUCGGGAAUCGCCGGAAGGGGUACAGCGGCUGCUCGUGCCAUGGCCGGUAUCGAUGCCAUGGAGCCAGAGUUUGCCGACGAGCACGAGAUGUUCGAACAGCCUCCUCGCGGAUUCUCCAUGUACGAUGGUCCCGAUGGUCAGAAUCGCCGAAUCUCCUUUGCCGACAGGACAGCGGGCGAUCGUGUUUCUACAAUCUCUUACGGCCAAGACGAAUCUUUCAAAAAGGGGCACAAUGCUACUUCAUCUCUGCCGCGGGUCGGCAUCAAUGGCGGUGGGUUUGCGCGCAACGCACAACACAGCAAGAUGUCAAGCGUGGGCAACAACUUCCGUCUGCGCGACAGCUCUGCAGAUGUGAUGGGAGACGACGGACCUGAUGAUGCCUACGAAGGACUCGACGAUGGGGAUGACGACUACAUGAGCCCUGAGCAGGAACAGGGUGCAUUCCCUCUAGACUCUCGAGGUGUCCAAGACCGCAUGACCCAGAGACAGCGCGGCCACCAGCCUACCCCCUCCGAAGCGGGUGACCGGGCUCUGAGGGAGUCGAUGAUGCAGUAUCCGGCCGUGACAAUGAUGGACAGCGAUCACGACCCCAUGCCUGAUACGGCAGCAAAGGACUAUUCGAGUGCCAAACCCGCCGGAGCCUCGUCGGCAAUGCGCUCGAUGCGCACACCUCAGUCGGGACUUGGCCAUCGACACCAGGCCAGUCUUGCGCAGAGCAACAUUAGUAACGAGGACGACGUGGUGGGGUACAAUGAGGCGAAGAUGAUCUAAGCUGGGCAUCCGGCCUGACUAUGGACAUUGGAGCGAUGAUCUCUGCCUCAUUCCUCUCUCUCCCUUAUCCCUCUCUCUCCACCCUCCCUACUUCCAACCUUGGAAACUCUCCUUGCUCUCCAACCGACCCCUGCUUGAUGCAGGCGCGUCGGACAUAUCACUGCUCUUUCGACGAUUUCCGCCCUUUCUCAUGAUUCGCACAUCUUCUCUCGUUGCGCAGGGUUCGCUUUCUUGCCCGGUGUCAAGACGCGCACACAUCCCUUCUCGCUUUCGAAUUCUUGUGUACUUUCAUCCCUCCAGCUAGCUUGCUGCUAUGCUCCUCUUUGACGGCUCGUAAUGCAAACGUGACGAAACACACGAAGUCUCUGGAAUUGACAAUCACGAAGCCUGAUACCCU